UGCCCGUAAAGGUGGGCGGACUGGAGUGUCUCCCCCACUCUGCCAAUGGCAAAGCACCGACACUAGACUCGAAAUCCCUAAAAUCAGCCGUCAGACCGCGGCGGGGAGCACACUCUGAAUUAGCCGGUAUCGCGCAGGAGAUGACGGAUCGCGUCGCACGGACCGCGGCGCGCCGAGCAGCAGCGUAACGUCACGACAAAACUUCAGAAGUUCACUUUCUCCACGCGCUCUCUUCAAUGUCACCAUGCGCAGCAUCUCAUCCUGCGGAGCACUGCUGUCAGUCUACUACCCACAGAUCUUCCUCAUCCUCAGCAGCGGCAGCUACCUGGCUUUUUCUUCAGUCGUGGCUUUGGGUGCGAACAUCAUCUGCAACAAAAUCCCUGGCCUGGCCCCCAGACAGCGCGCCAUCUGCCAGAGCCGCCCAGAUGCCAUCAUCAUCAUUGGGGAAGGCGCUCAGCUGGGCAUCAACGAGUGCCACUAUCAGUUUCGCUAUGGACGAUGGAACUGCUCUGCCCUUGGCGAGAGGACCGUCUUUGGGCAAGAGCUGAGAGUAGGUAGCAAGGAGGCUGCGUUUACCUACGCCAUCACGGCAGCAGGUGUUGCCCACGCUGUGACAGCAGCCUGUAGUCAGGGCAAUCUGAGCCACUGCGGCUGUGACAGAGAAAACCAGGGCUACCACGACCAGGAAGAGGGCUGGAAAUGGGGCGGCUGCUCGGCAGAUGUCAAAUACGGAGUGGAGUUCUCCAGACGCUUUGUGGAUGCCCGAGAGAUAAAAAAAAAUGCAAGGAGACUAAUGAACUUGCACAAUAAUGAAGCAGGAAGAAAGGUUCUAGAGGAAAGGAUGAAGCUAGAAUGUAAAUGUCAUGGCGUCUCUGGCUCAUGUACCACAAAAACCUGUUGGACAACUCUGCCCAAAUUCCGAGAGAUCGGCUAUUUGCUUAAGGAGCGUUAUGCCACUGCAGUUGAGGUGGAGGCCGUGAGAGCCACGCGUUUUCGCCAACCCUCUUUCCUGCGUCUCAAGCAGUCCCGUGGGUACAUAAAGCCCACGGACACAGACUUGGUUUACUUGGAGCGCUCGCCCAACUAUUGUGAGGAGGACGCUGUGACGGGGAGCACUGGAACGAGAGGACGGCUGUGUAACCACACGUCCCCUCACACAGAUGGGUGCAACCUGAUGUGCUGCGGCCGGGGCCACAACACCCAUCAGUACACGCGCGUGUGGCAGUGCAACUGUAAAUUCCAGUGGUGCUGCUUCGUUAAGUGUAACACGUGCAGUGAAAAGACAGAGGUGUUCACCUGUAAAUGAGCAAACAGAAGAGUUAAAAGAACAAGAAUGAAAGGCAAGAAGCCAGUGGAAAGAAACAGGAAGUGUUUGAAACAAAAAUGGAAGUGUCGGAACUGGAUGGCUUCAUUUUGCACAUCAGGCAGUCUUUAUGCAAGAAAGACCGUUGCCAAAAGAGAACCGGGAAGGUUAAAGAAAAUGCCGGAACUUGAGAGGAAAAUGCACUGACCUCAGACUGACCUUGCAAACAUAUGGACGCUAUAUAUGCAGCGCAAGGCUUUUGUAGAUAUCAGAUUCUCACAGACUUGAGGAAGGUCAAUAAAGGCCUGUUCUGAGGAUCUGAUAUUGACUCAAAACUCCUACUGGACAUUCUUAAUGGCCCACAAAGCUGAUUGAGGCAAGGGGAACUUGUAAAAUAUCCCACCAGCUGAGCCACUAUGGACGUUCAAGAGGAAAGAGGUGCUGCAACUUUGCAACUCUGGAAAUGCUGGAAAGCUUCAGUGACACUGUAUCUGUUUGAACACUGAAAAAAAAAAUACCCUUUUCCCUUCUCUUCGGGGAGAAAAAACAAAAAAGAUUGAAAAUGUUCAUACUGUAGAUGUCUUGUAAUGGUACACAGAAGUAAACACUUCUAAUGUCAUUGCUACUGAUCUGUUGCUUCCAAAACUCAAGCCGAAACAGUAUAGGACACUGCGUAUGUAAAAAGAGCUUCUUUUGGAGUUUACCAAUGAAGAAAAUUGGUCAAGAAAAAUGGCCAACUUGUUU